AACACAACCGACAAGUCAAAACAUUUCUAAUUAAACAACUGCGACUGUGUUAACUCGCCUGACUCAGUGACUCUCCAACCAAAACCAUCAUCAUCAGAGUGAAGCCAACCCGAAAAUGGCACUCAAAGUAAUGAUCUAAAUCUAAACCCAACACUUUUCAGAAAAUAAAAUCAACAAAAACCCUAGAAAACAAGACGACGAAAUAAGAUGUCCACAGAGAGACAUAGUAAUUCUCCUUCUACAUCUCCUGACGAUGACGCUCUUUUCCUCGAUAUACUGCACGAGGCUCCAUUAUGCGGUCACCGGAAACGCAGGAGUAUUUUUGGAGCUGUUGUUUACUGUCUUCUAUUGGCAGGUUAUGCUGCUUUGGGUGCAUUAGCUCCUUUCGUGUUUGAUCACAAAUUGGUCCCUUCAUUACUUUGUAGCUGCGAUGUCGUUCUUCUAAUAGUGACAGGCAUUUUCCAACAAUAUUUUGUUUCUCAAGUCCAGAAAAUUCGGUUGCAGGGUUAUUAUAGUUUCAGCCAGAAGUUGAAGCAUAUUGUUCGUUUACCAUUUGCCAUUACUGCGUAUGGAACUGCUGCAAUGCUGCUUGUCAUGGUAUGGAAACCCCAAAUCAGCUUUCUUUCGAUCUCUGCAUUGCUGAGGGUUAUUGUGCUGACUGAAGCAAUAUGUGCUGUAUCCUUUAUGACUGUAUAUAUUGGUUAUUUGCACCAGUACAAUUCAUUAGAUUCUCAGCCUGAUAUUUUGAAGUCAUUAUAUUCCCCACUGCAACAAUCAAGUUCUUUGGAAGGCUUGAGAUAUCAUGAUGGUGGUCGACUUUCAGAUCAGCAAAUGGCUUUACUUCAGUAUCAGCGUGAGAACCUUCACUUUUUGAGCGAGGAGAUUCUUCGUCUGCAAGAAUGCUUGAGCAAAUAUGAGCGAUCUAAUGAUGGGAGCACACCUCAGGUUGAUCUUGCUCAUAUGUUAGCUGCUCGUGAACAAGAAUUACGGACUCUUUCUGCUGAGAUGAAUCAACUACAGACUGAACUAAGGCUUGCUCGAUCCUUGAUAGCUGAGAGGGACGCUGAGGUACAGCGAGUACGCACUACAAACAAUCAGUAUGUGGAAGAGAAUGAAAGACUCAGAGCUAUUUUAGGGGAAUGGAGCACACGAGCAGCAAAGCUUGAGCGAGCAUUGGAGGUUGAGCAGUUGUCAAAUCUGGAACUGCAAAAGAAGCUUUCAGCGUCAAGAGGUCACUGGGGCAUACAAACUGAACAAAGUGAGCAGCGUACAGCAUAAUUGCCCUGGAAUUUUCCACAACUGUCAUUUCUGAUGGAAUUUUAUUUCCUCUCCAAGAUGGGACAAAAACCAUCAAAGUUCACUGUUUGCAGGAACAGAUGACUGAAUGUAUAUAACAGUUCAUUAAGGAAACAAAUUGAAGCAAAUUGCAUAUAUUGCUUGAUGCUAUAGUAUUUUCUUUUUGAUGGAAGGCAUCUCACUCUCUUUCGUGAGACUCGAAAAGUGCUUGUGAUGCCGGAACUAUUACUAAGGUAUUAAUUUUAGUGGCGUGAGGUUUUGAAUAGCUGUA